GUUUUUUUGGUUUCAAAUUUCUAUCUUCUUCUGUUUCUAUGGAAGUGGAAAUGGUGGUUUUGUGAAUGAAAUUUGCCCUAUAUUUUUAUUUUGAUUGAAAACGAGGGCACUGUUGUAGUUCUUCCACUGGGGUUCACUUGCCCACCCCCUCAUGGGGCAGUGCUGGACUAAGGUAAGUAGUCAAGAAAACAAUGAUGUCCCUCCCACUUUUGAUCUUGCUGGUGGAAACAUUUGCCUUGUCACAUCAAUGGACAAGUGGGAACAAAAAAUGUCUGAAGCCAAUCACACUGGCAAGAUCGCGGUGGUAAAUUUCAGUGCGUCAUGGUGCAACCCAUGUAGAGCAGCAGCACCAGGAUAUCAUGAACUUGCUCAUAAAUACACUUCAAUGAUAUUUCUAACCGUAGACGUGGAUGAGUUACCUGAAUUAAGUACUUCGUGGGACAUAAAAGCUACUCCAACAUUCAUUUUCUUUAGAGAUGGCCGUCAAGUGGACAAACUAGUAGGCGUCAAAAACCAAGAGCUCCAACAGAAGUUGAUGAAUCUCGCAGAGUCUACAAGGUCCCCAGGAUGAUAAUACUGUUGCUUCGCUGCAGUAGGAAAAAAUAUGAAAUUCUGAAACUCUGGUUUUGUCGCGUUAAUUUUGCCAUUUACUGCUGCUGUAACAAUAUUCUUACGUGUUUCUAUGUAUAUUAAGCCAAGUACUGGGAUAUAACGAAGUAAAAAUUUGCAGCUUGGAAACUAUUGCAUAGGCCUUCUGUGUUGUUAGGGUCAACAUUAUCUCAUAUAGUUGGGUUAAGACCUAACAAAGGAGCUUUUCGCAA